AAGCUGGAACCCUCCCACCAGCAACCGGCGAGGAGGAUCUCUCUCCCUCUCCCUCUCUCUCAGUCCGCGCAGAUCGGCUGUGGGAGGCGUCACUGCCCCUCCUGCAGCAGCGUCUCUCCCGGGGUUGGGCGGUGUCUUGAGACCCCCCCCCCCACCACCAUCACCAAGGGGAGGGGGCAGCGAUUUCACAUCCAGCCGCCGAGUGUAAGGCUGCAAUGUUUUAGGGGCAGGGGGACGGUGGAGGGUAAUUCUCGAUGUUUGGGAAAGUGCGGGGCGCCGGGGGCAGUGCGCUGCUCUCGGAGCGGGACAAGGCUCCUGUCCAGGCGGCAGCCCCGGAAUGUAACGUCGGCCUCUUGGGCUGCCCGGGCUCCGGCAAGUCUGCUCUGACUGUGAAAUUCCUCACGAAGAGGUUCAUAAGCGAGUACGAUCCUAACUUGGAGGAUACCUACACUACUGAAGAAAUUGUGGAUCAUCAGCCAGUCCUUUUAAAAAUAAUGGAUACAGCUGACCAGGAUAAACCAGUGAACUCUGAACGUUACCUGAACUGGGCAAACGCAUUCAUUGUUGUCUACAGUAUUGAUAAUAGGAAGAGCUUUGAAGGGUGCGUGCACUAUCUAAAUGUAAUUUCUAGUCACGCCAAAGGACUGCUACAUGAUUAUCCCAUCAUAUUGCUGGGAAAUAAACUGGACAUGGAGAGAUACAGGCAGGUAAGCAAGUCUGAUGGACUGUCGCUGGCAUCCAAGUAUAACUGUUCAUUUUAUGAAGUAUCUGCCUGCUUGGACUUUGAGUCAGUGCAGCAUGUGUUCCAUGAAUUGAUUCGCGAGGUGAGGCGAGAGACUGAACGUCACCUUCCAGUCAGACCUCUCUUUAUUUCCGAGGAGAAGCCUGUGUUGGGUACUGCCCACCCACCUGCCUUUGCUCAUGCUGUUAAACACCAUGCACCUAUAUUUGGAACACAGCGCCUCUCCACGGCCACCUACAAGGAAAUUCCCACCAUCACUUCAGCUAAGCUGGUCACUGUAAAAUCAGCAAGGGCACAAAGCAAGCGGAGAACUCCCACACUGACCUUACUUAAAGGAUUUAAAAUAUUUUAAUGUACUAAUCAUCACUCUGAAUUCCAAAGCUCAAUGUAUCCCUUUAAUCUAGUUAGAUCCAUAAUUCCUUUCACUGGCUAGUGACUGUGGAAUUAAAACUGUCAUAAAACUUUAUGAUGUAAAUCAAACCAACUAAACAACAAGGACCUCAUCUGGGAUCAAUGUGACCUUUGUUAAGGAUGUUUGGAUAUAGGAGAGAGUACAUAGACCACCAGCCAUUGCAAAUGACAACCUUUGUCUGUCUGCCAUUGUUGGCUGCCAGCUGUAACAUCAUCUUUUAGGAACAAAAUGUCAGAGAGAAAUGUAGUUGUUGCAGUGUUCAUAGCCAAGGAAGGGAAAAAUAAGGUAUCUGUUCAGUAAUCUGAGAACUAUCACCACAUGAUAAUAUCACCCCCAAUACAUCGAAGUUGACAAUUUAAGCAUUCCUUUACAGCUCAUUUCCAAGGUUAAAAAUUAUUUAAAACAAGCCUUUCAAGAGCUAAAGAAGAACCAUUAUUCAAAAUGCUGUUUGUGCUUCAGCUGUUUGACUUAAGAAAAAGUUCAGUAGAUUUUACAUAUUUGAUAAUGAAGAGGAAUGUAUAUACACUCAAUAAAUGUACACAUGUAAUGCUUUCUGUAAUCUCUCAUCUGUCUGGUUAUAUGAUGUUUGUUGCAGAUGAUAAAAUGAAGCAUUUAAGAAAGGGGUUUGUGCAGUUAAUGGCAUUAUCCUUUGUUCUGUAGAUCCCUGGUUAGAACCAACUCAACUCCCUUCCUUUCUUUUGACCCUAGCUACCACCCAUACAUUGUUGCCAAACAAACUGAAUUUGGGCACUCUCAAACUUUCCAUUGGGCAUGUAUUUAUAAACUGAAGUCUAACUAUGGGCUGCAUUACUUUAUCACAAAGUUAACCAUCGCAAGGAUGGCCAGUGCAUAAAAACAGAAAUGUUCAGACUGGUGUACUGGCCAGAAUGUACUGGACUGAGUUGGAAGUUAGACAACUUGACUUAGCAUCUGACCGUGCUGUCCUUAGGCAGUUGUUGCUUAUUGUGAAGAUUUAAAUAAGGAAAAUGUUCCUCACAUUCAUAACCAGACAGCUGUAGAAAAGUAACCAAACAAUAUACAUUACAAUCCAAACAGCGUUGACCAGAUUGUACUGUGGUUGUACAACUUUCUGCAUAACUCCCACUAUCUUUUAUCCAUGUCUCAUCAGUGAAAAUGCAUCACAAUUUCUUUAUUUGAAUACCGUAUAUUUACUACAUAUUUAUAGGAGUAUACAUCAUUGGUUAU